AUAACCCAUCAUUAUUGUGGAUUUGUAGACUAAAAAAAAUGAGAAUGAAAAUAGUAUUCAAAGGUAUGUAACGGGAGACAAACAGAAUGGCGUGGAGUUUGGUGAUAUCUGUGUUAUCCUUUACUUUUGUGGUGUAUCUCCUUCACUAUUCUCACUACCUACUAACCGUUCGUAAUGGCCUAGAUGGACUUCUAGAACAUUUAUGGUCAUGGGUUUUAAUACCAGUGUUUAGUGCCACCAGUUAUGUCUGUUAUGAUUUCUACAGAAGGAAUGUGACACCAAAUCAUACAAUAAGAACGUCAAUAGAUCAUUAUAUCGCUAUCUCAUCCUUGUCAUGGGUCGGAUGGUACAUGAGACGGAAAUUAGAAAAAGCAACAAAAAAUGUAAAACAGGCACAAGAUGAACUCUUAUUACAGAGACUGAAAGAUAAUGCGGAGACAUCAUACGGGAAAGAAUAUCAAUUUGGAGAAAUAAAAGAUAGGGAAGAAUAUGUCAGAAGACAUCCAUUGACAAGAAUUUCUCAUUACGAGCCAUAUAUACAAAAAAUGUUAGAAACAAAAGAAUGUGAAAAUAUUCUGACACAUAAAAAGCCAAUUCAGUUUGCUGUGACGUCAGGUACCUCAGGUAAGAGUAGUGUAUUACCUAUGACAGGUGAGCAAAGACUAGCAUUCUUUACACAUGGAAUCGCUGUAGUAUACAAUAGUUUACUCCAAUCUUUACCAGAGAACAAAUGUAUUCAGAAAAGUUUGAAAUUAUUUUAUACUCCACGAUGGAGAGAAUCAGCUGGAGGCCUCCCUAUUGGACCUAACUCCUCCUCUCCAACUAAUUCCAAGGCCUUACUUAGUAUAUACUCAACACCUAAACCUGGGUUUGAAGUCCUUACAGAGCCUGAAGCAUUGUACAUCCAUUUAUUGUUUGGUCUCAAGGACAAAUAUCUUGGAAUGGUAGAAGCUAAUUUUGCUUCAAUUGUACUCAUAGCAUUCCAAGCAUUAGAAAUGCAAUAUAAAAGUCUUAUAGAGGACAUUGAAUUAGGAAGAAUUAAUCCAGAUCUUAAAAUCUCUGAUGAGACCAGAAAUGAACUAAACAAACUUUUAUCUCCGGAUAAAAACCGUGCCAAUGAACUACGAGAUGCUUUCAAAGGAGGUGCUGCCGGACUAGUUAAACGUGUCUGGCCUACAUGUCAUUUAAUUCUUGCUGCUGACACUGGUGUGUUUACUUUGCCUGCCAGUAUCCUAAUGGAGACAUAUUGUAAAGGCAUCCCUAUGUAUUCUCCAUUAUACGCAGCAUCAGAAGGCUUACUAGGUGUCAAUAUCUGGCCUGAGGAUAAACCAAGUAGAUACAUGCUGGUUCCUGGUUAUAUGUUCUUUGAGUUUAUACCAGUACAACAUUGUGAUGAAGAUCAACCACAAACACUCUUCUUAGAUCAGGUUGAGCUUGGUAAAGAGUAUGAGUUAGUGAUAACCAAUGCUGGUGGUCUGUACAGAUAUAGGUUUGGGGAUGUUGUGAAGAUAGCAGGGUUUCAUCAUCAAUGUCCAAUUAUAGAAUUUAUGUAUAGACAAGGACAGUUCCUGAAUGUGAGAGGAGAGAAGACAUCAGAGAAGACAUUCUAUAAUGCAUUGAUGAAGGCAGUCUCUAGCUGGGAAGGACUGAAGUUAACAGAUUAUUGUUGUUCUGAGAGUUUAUUGAUAAGUGAAGAAGGAGAGAAGAAGGGCUAUGCCCCAUUUUAUCAUGUAUUUUUGGAAUUUGAUUCAACAGAUGGAGAUGCUAUGCUGACUGAAGAACAGAAAAAUCGGAUUGACGAGACUCUAAGUGACCUGUCUUAUGUGUAUGGAUCAUUUAGGAAGAAGGGGAGUAUACAGAAAAUGAAGGUGUACAUGGUCAAACCGGGAACGUUUCAGGGACUUAGAAAGUUUGCCAUAGAGACUACACAGGCCUCAGCCAAUCAGUAUAAAAUACCAAGGGUUGUCAAAACUAAGGAAGCUGCAGCAUUUAUGAUGAACAAUGUGAUAUGAUACAAGUUGUAAAUAACUUGUUGGAGAUUGUGAUACGGUUUAUAUUUUUAAUCCUAUUUAUGAUUUACAAAAGCAUUGUGAUCAACAAUCUAAUAUUUUGUUUAUUUAAUAUUUUUAUACAUUUCAAUUUAAAAUGUUUUGUUUUUGUUUAUAAAACAAGACUUCCACAAAAAACAAUCUUUCUUUUGUUUGACCUGCUGCCUCAUGGACAUUCAUUUGAAAUCUUAUUUUAUUUUCAAUACAAUAAAAACAUUAGUUUUAAACAAUUUUCUUGUUUGACACUUUUGAAUAAAUUUUGAUAGCAAAACAAAGAGAAUAUGCACUAUAAAAUUGAUAAACUAUGUCUGCAACUCUGCAAUCCUUAUUUUUAUUAAUCUGUGUGUGUUGAGGAGGGGACACUAUUGCAUGAAUACAAUCAAAAUCAUAUUGUCACAAACUUUGAUAGCUGUAUUUUUUAUACCUCAUCUUUGCCGUUGCUGCAUGUGCAGUGAGCUGAACAUUCUUUAGAUCCUUUCCAUGUCCGAUUGUGAACAAUAAAUGUUAAUGAUAUAUUCCAAGUCCGAUUGUGAACAAUUGUUGUUAAUGAUACAUACUCAGAUAUUUAAGUUAUAAAAUGAUGUGCAUAACAAUACAUGUUUAAAAACAUUUUAUUAGAAACAACAUUAGCCAUCUAUGGUCAAUUACAAUUAUUGACAAAAGAGGUAACUGAUUCAAUUUAAUAUAUUUCUAAUUGCUUAUUACAAUAUAAAGUUUAAUCCGUCUGCACCAAAAUCUGACUACUAGUUCAAAGACAGAUAUUCUGACUUUUUCUAUUAAUAUGUGUCUUAACAAUGUUUUGCAAUAACUUACCUCCGAUACAUUUCUAGAAAUGUGAUUGAAUAAAAGCACCCUUGUGGAGACCGUGUAUAUUUGAUAUUAGGUUAGAAGGGAGAUGGGGCUUAUCUCUUUCACGGUUAGUAGUGGUGUUUAACGUUCCUUUAUAUUCCAUAUAAGGUAGUAGGGAGUGCAAUAACUAAUACUAGUCCAAUAUAAUUUUACUAGUCUAGGGCAUUGGACCGCCUAAUGGUGCAAACUCUAAAUUUGAAGUUCAAAUUACCAAAUGAAAGUUAUGAUCCUUACCCUACACUGCCAACAAGUACUUUUAUAUAUCCUGACUAAAAAAAACUGAUCAGACAUAUCUAAACAAAUUAGAGCUAUGUUCAUAGUUUAAGUUUGAUAAAUGUAUUUAAAAUUCAACUUUCAAUAUUGCAUACUUUCUUAUAUGUACUUUUGUGUUUACUGUGCUUUUGACUAACAGGGAUAACCAGGAAUUGGGGAUUGUGCAAACAUAAAUGUACUCGAGAGAAAUGAUAUUGUAACUUAUUUUUGUAAAUUCAUGUUGAUAUUGUAUACAAAAGUCUUCAACGUCAUGAUAUUUUACUUCAAUCUAUUGACCGUUAGGAAAUUUAUAUGUUAUUUUCACUGCCAUAUGUUAUUUAUGUUGAAUAAUACAUUAGGAAGCCAUCUCAUAGAACUAUGGAUCUAUGAAUUUAAGGUUUAUAGUUAAGGGGGCUCCUGGGUAUAAAUCAAUUUUUUUUCUUAUAUAGGAUUUCGCUAUAUUUUUUUAUAAUUAUAAACUUUAUCAUAUACUUAAAAGAAAACUGAAAUAAAAAAAUGGGAUCACCGUUCAUUUAAGCUCACAAUCUGCCUUCGGAAAAAGCAUACAUUUUUGUUAAUGUCCUUCUUUUGUUGUUGAACUAAUAGGAGAAAAAGAGGUAAUAUCGAAAUAAAAAAAUAACUUUUUACAGAAAACGCUUAAAUUUUACAAUUAUUUAGUUUAUGUACAGCUUAUUUGAAAACAAUAAUAAAAAAUAUAGGUCACCGAUGAGUUUAAAAAGAUAUUUCAAAUUUAAUACCAAAGGGAGAUAAUUUGGAGCUUUUUCAAUUAAAACAUCUUUGGCCAAACCAAAUCAAUUUUUUUGGGUUGAUUUUUGUACCAUAGUAAAAGUAAUAACUAAUAGUGUAAUGAAAAAUAAAGUUUUAAUUUUUUGCUGAAAUUUUGUACCCACAAGCCACCUUAAAUCAAUUUAUCUCUCUUUUUGAUUAGAAGUAGUUCUAAUUCAUUUUCAAGCCGAUAUUUUACAUUCCAACAUACAUGUACUGUUUAUUCAGAAAUUAUUACUGGUAUCAAUCUGUCGGUAAAGGACAAAUUGUAACUGAAAUUAUUAAUGGGAGUUUUUAUAAUAUAGUGAAUUUGAUAAUGUCAUUUUUUUGCAUUAAUAAAAAUAUUGCAAUGAUAUCUGAAUUUCCAGUAUUUGCAUUCAAACUAUACUAUAAAAGUUUUUAUUCUUAGUUAUAUAGGGAUAAAAGAUUUUCUUUUUUAUUUCUCACCUAUGCUCUGCAGUGCCAAAAACUAGUACUACAUCACAUCAAGGGAAAAGAAAUGUAAUACUUGCCAAAAUGCUGAUGUCUUGAUAUUUGUACUGUGUCACUGUUUGUAAUAAUUUAUCAAAAUAAAAGAUGAUCAAAUGUG